AUGGGAAAUGAAAACUCAGUUCAAAAGCAAGUUCCAAAAGUAUCUAUUGUCGAACUGAAUGCAAAUUCAGUUCAACUGAAAGUAUUUGUGGAUGAAAAGAAGAAAAAGGUGAUGUUUGCAGAAGCAGAGGAAGACUUUGUGGAAAUCCUUUUCAGUUUUCUCACUUUGCCUCUUGGAACAAUCGCAAGACUCUCAAGAAAAUAUGAAGACAAAGUUGGAAGCUUAACUUCUCUCUAUGAAAGCGUCGAGAAUUUAAGUAUAGAACGUUUCUUUGAGACGUGGUAUAAGGAUUGCCUAGUUUAUCCAAUAAAUUCAUCUGCUCAUGUUUGCGAAAAGCUUAAAGUAAAUCUACAUGGAACAAAGUCAAUCCUUUAUCAGCCUGGUGCAAUCUUUUUCAAAAAGAAGGGUAAAUUCAUCAUUACUGAGGAUCUCAAUAUCAUACCUCUCAUGAUGGACACAAGCAUUUCACUCCUUAAUUCUCUUGGUGUUGAAUCCAUUCAUUUACUACAUGAAAGAACUAUAUUUUUUGGCUUAAAAUAG